GCUUUUUGGAACCUGCAUCUUCAAAUGAUUUCGGCAUUCCACAACGGCCGCCUUUCAUCUUCGUCAACGUCGAUUAGUUCCUAUGACAGGUUGGCCUAAAGACAUCACGACGCGGGUUCCACUGUUCGUUCGGACCAGCAACGUAGAUCCAACGCAGCUCGAUACCAAAAGGAAGACCAAGACGGCUUUCAUUCGUUUUCCACCCCAAGAUACAAUAACAGUACCAGGCUUUGGUGUCAAUGUGUUUGGCCCCAGGAUGAGGAUGGAUGAGGAAGUUUGCAAGGCACAUAUCACGCUCAGAGGACUCAAAUAUAUACCAACUGCGAUUACUCAAGAUCAACAUUUACACAGAGUGUUCACAACUGUACAAGCUGGUAUUGGUUGUCCUGCAUGCGAAUAGCAAACCGAACGUUUUCAAAACCAAUCGCUCUUUCACAUUGCAUCAUAACACCUUCUGCAGGUGUAGCAUAUGUAUUGCCUCCUAAAUUCAUGCUCAGCCCUAUGUACUUGGCCAAUCAACGAGUCAACUCACCAGCUUGGGCAGCUUUCAUCAAAAGCGGUGGUGCAGCCCACCUAAGCGGACCUGAGCCUAAAACCCCGAGGAGGACAGACGCCGUCCCUGCAGCCUUUGAUUGUAGUAUGAUAAGCAAGGUAAAAAAAAAGUGUCGUAUACUCCAGGCAGACUCACCACAGCU